AUGGCGCCAGACGCAAUGUCGGACCACGCGACGCAGCCACGCGGGCGAGGGCGUGGCCGUGGACGAGGAAGAGGGCGUGGCAACUUAAAUCGCGGCCAAUCGCACACACCGAGCGAGGUCGCUGAGGCCAAACUGCCACACGACACGGCGCAUGCACCUUCGGACGCUAUCGAAACAGCCGCCGACGAUGCAGAAGUGUGUUUUAUUUGUGCGGAGCGGAUUCAGCUUUACUCUGUGCCACCAUGCAAUCACCGGGUUUGUCAUAUCUGCUCGAUGCGACUCCGCGCACUGUGGAAACGCCGCGAUUGCACGUUCUGCAAGUCUGAAGCCGUCAACGUGAUUUUCUCUCCUCACGCAACACGGCCAUACGGCGACUAUACCCCCGACAUGAUACCCCACCUCGACGAAAAGCUUGCCAUUUACUUUGAGCGCCAGCGCGACUAUGAAGAUACCAUUGCGUUGCUGCACUUUAACUGCCCCAACGAGCGCUGCGAACGUAUGAGCACGGGCUGGGCUGAUCUCAAAGCGCAUGCCAAACGGGACCACUCGCGUCUUUUGUGUGAUCUGUGCGUGCAGCACAAGAAGAUUUUUUCGCACGAGCACGUUUUGUACACCGCGUCGUCACUCCAGAACCAUUUGGCCGACGAGCACCGCUACUGCGAAUACUGCAAGCAACACUUUUACAGCGACGACGAGCUGUAUGUGCACAUGCGCGAUCGUCACGAACAGUGCCAUAUUUGCAAGGCACGCAGCGACGAGGAGCGCUACCGGUAUUACAAGGAUUACCGCAUGCUUGAGCAGCACUUUCAAAAUGCGCACUACGUAUGCUCCGAUUCACGCUGCCUGGAGCAAAAAUUUGUCGUAUUUGAGAACGAAAUGGAGCUGCAGGUCCAUCAGGUCCAGGAGCAUGGCAAGACGCUUUCGAGUCGCGAGCGCCGCGACGCAUUGCGUGUAGAUACAAGUUACCUGCUUCAGGAUGCUCAGCCCAGCAAUCCACGCAGACGCAGGGGUAAAGGACGUGCAGAUGGAGUCAGUAUUGCCGAGUCCCGUGGGCAAGACUCCUCGCGCCGCGCUCAGUUUGGCCAUUCGCUCACUGAAGCAGACAGCGACGCGGAGCAGGAAACGGAACAAUACUGGUCGACGAUCUUGACUGUCCUGAAUGGUUCGCAGAUGAAGCUUGCAGCCACGCGCAGUGCAUUGCAGUCGUACCGCGCUUCAGAAAACAGUGUUAAUGAUUUGCUGAACACGACAACGAGCCUUACAGGUGACGCACACGGCUCUUUUGAUCUCGGGUCCACAGACCUGAUCAUCCAGAGUAUGGCCGAGAUUGUACACAAUGCGGAAAAAAAGAAGGAGCUACUCGAUACUUGGGCCGCGUGCAAGGCACGGCAAUCCAGCCAUUCUACACAGGGCCAGGCGCGUGCAUCGCACACCUCUGUCCGUCAGCUCAAGAGCGCGUCGGCGGGAAAUAAUCGCGUAUGGGAGAAUGUUGCGCGCGCAGCGUCGAACGCGCCGAGCGUGCGGAGCCAUACGCACUUUCCUACGCUGGGCCAGCACACACCGAUUGCGCCUACACGCGCUGCCACAAACGUACCAGGAUCUCGAGCGUAUUCUGCGAAUGUGGCGCGCAAAGCACAGACUUCGCACGGCGCGACACCAUGGGCAAAUCGCUCUCAAGUUACAAACAAUCCAGCUCAGGCAUUUCCACCACUUGGCGGCGCAGGCGCCAAGCCAGCGAUACCAAAACCUGUGUCUGUACCGGGGAAGAGCAGAGGAAGCAAUGUGUCGUUGGGCACGAACCAGUUCCCCAGCUUACCGUCUAGUUCGCGACAGGCAGAACUACGUGCAGAGAAGCGCGAGCUGCUCGGAAAGCCACCUACGGCCCCGCAACCAUCGACAUGGGGCGCAGAUCAAGCAGCGUCGACAAUGAGCGACGACGGAUUUCCUUCGCUGAGGAGCAUGCAAGCUUCACUUCCAGCUCCCGAGCCGCUUCAGCAAGGAGUUUCUGAUGGCGCACGUCGGCGACGUCGCAAAGGUAUCCUGCUUUCAUCGGUUGGGUCCAUGCAUCAUAUGUAA